AUGAAGGUCCCAUGUGUUGCCAAUGAACUGCUUUGGUGGAUGGCUGUACAAAAUAUGGGAGAGACUGCCCUGAUGGCACACAUCAUGGAGUUGAAGUGCUGCAGGUCAAAAGAGGAGAGGGACCCUACCCAUCUGGAUGGGUAUGAUCAUCAGUCAUUGGAGGAAGUUUUGCAGGAGGCCAAGGAAUUCUUUGUUGGGGUUGAGGAAGGAAAAGAGAGUCUCCCACUGCUGUGUGACAUGGACUGGAUGCCAUCAGACAGCAUCAGCCAGUUGAUUGAAAGCUGUGAUGAGAUGAUCUAUCAGGAGGAGAUUUGCAUGCUCCAUGGUGUGAUGGAAUUCUGCAGUGAAUGGCUCACCCUUUUUGACAGGCUUGCACAAGUACAGGACAAGCUUGAGGACUUCUGA